AUGCCUGAGCAAGGGAUGUUAAAUAUGAACUCUUUCUUAGUUGUAAGAUUUCUAUUAGAAUCAUCAUUAGGUAAACGAGCUGGUUUUAAAAUCUUAAGAUCUAGUUUAAUGACUCGAAUGACAUUUUUCGAUCCUUAUCAUAAAUUUACUCUAUUAGAUUGUCAUUAUUUUAUAGUUGCUAAUCAUGAUAUAAUAAUUAUUUUCUUCUUUUUUGAUGCCUAUUUUAAAAGAUGGCUAUUAAAUUAUUUUCCACUUCUAUUGGGUAAAGGAGGUUGGGUGCUGGAGUUGAAUAAACAUUUCUCAUAUACCAUAUAUCCAUGCUAUAAUCGUCAUUCAUUCAUCUUCAGUUUCAUUAAGCAACAGAAGAUGAACAAAAAUUUGCAACGUGGAAGAGCAUUCGAAAACAAAGAACAGUGA